UGUAAAAUAUCCGGUUGACCUUUAUAAUUAGCCGCUUUCAUUUCGCGAACUUCACGAGCAAACUGAGUGGAUGGCUGGACCGCACACUGGACAGGAGUUUCAGUGAAGGAACGAGAAACAAGGGCAUAUCGGAAAGGAUCCUCUAAACACAUUGUUGGCCUGUCUAGAGAGCGAUAUUGGGAAUGUUUUCCUUGUCAACAACAGUCCAACCACAGGUCACUGUCCCCCUGAGUCACCUGAUCAAUGCCCUCCAAUACCUGAAGACCGCAGUGGGCAGCAGCAGUGCCGCUGCUAAACCUCAGCAUAGAGAGCAUGCCUCGGAACAGGACUUGCAGAGCACAGAGCCCACGUGGAGCCUGAGGGACCUGGGCCUGUCUGACCUGGGCGUGGGGCAGCUGGAUGAGCUUAUAAGCGCUAUAUUACCACGUCUGAGUCAACAGGGGGCGCUGUCCUCAUCCAGCCCCAGCCAACAGGCCUGGAGGACCUCUCACCUCUCCUCACAUUCCUUCUUCCACAACAAGCAUGGGUUCUCUGUUGGUAAAAUGGGCACCUCCUACCCUGUUUUCUGCAAACAGAUCCCUUCCCCUCUUCAGGCCGUUUGUACAGAGCUCCGCUAUUGGCCAGGGUUCUCUGUUGGUAAAAUGGGCACCUCCUACCCUGUUUUCUGCAAACAGAUCCCUUCCCCUCUUCAGGCCGUUUGUACAGAGCUCCGCUAUUGGCCAGUGUGGAUCCAGAACAGAGGUUUUAAAACUCUAGGGAAACACAAACGACUGCAGGCAGGCUUUGAGCGUCCCAUGGAAUCAGAUGGCUUUACACCCUCCUUUAUGAAGGGCCUCCUGACGCGUGAUAAGGGGAUGGAGGUGGAAACCUUGGACACGCUUAUGAAGAACAAGAAUAUCCCCGAUGGGCAGCAAGAUUCUUUCAAGACCGGGUUUGCUGAGGGCUUCCUGAAAUCCCAAGCUCUGACACAGCGCACACAAGACUCUCUGAGGAGGACGAGGCUGGUCCUGCUGGUCCUGCUGCUCCUGGGACUCUACGGCCUCUCCAAGACCCCCUUCCUAUCGGUACGAUUCCAAACCACAUCAGGCCUGGACUCAGCGGUGGACCCUGUCCACAUGAAGAAUGUGACGUUUGAGCACGUAAAAGGGGUGGAGGAGGCCAAGAAUGAGUUGCAGGAGGUGGUGGAGUUCCUCCGGAGCCCAGAGAAGUUCACCGUCCUCGGAGGGAAACUGCCAAGAGGGGUCUUGCUGGUUGGCCCUCCUGGUACUGGGAAGACUCUGUUGGCCAGAGCCGUGGCUGGAGAAGCCAACGUCCCAUUUUAUUAUGCCUCUGGCUCGGAGUUUGAUGAGAUGUUUGUGGGGGUUGGAGCCAGUCGCAUCAGGAACCUCUUCAAGGAAGCCAAAGCAAAUGCGCCGUGCGUGAUCUUCAUUGACGAGUUGGACAGCGUCGGCGGGAAGAGGAUCGAGUCUCCCAUGCACCCCUACUCCAGACAGACCAUCAACCAGCUACUGGCUGAGAUGGACGGGUUCAAACCAAACGAAGGGGUCAUUAUCAUUGGAGCGACAAACUUCCCUGAGGCUUUGGAUAAUGCUCUGAUUCGACCGGGACGUUUCGACAUGCAGGUCACCGUCCCCAAGCCAGAUGUGAAGGGGCGCACAGAGAUCCUCAACUGGUACCUUAGGAAGAUCAAAGUAGACCCUGAUGUGGAGGCUGGGAUCAUCGCCAGGGGAACAGUGGGCUUCACCGGGGCCGACCUGGAGAACCUGGUCAACCAAGCGGCUCUGAAGGCGGCGGUGGAUGGCAAAGACAUGGUGACCCUCAAAGAGCUGGAGUUCGCCAAGGACAAGAUCCUCAUGGGCCCAGAGAGGAGGAGUGUGGAGAUAGACAAAAAGAACAAGGAGAUCACGGCGUACCACGAGUCUGGCCACGCUAUCGUGGCGUACUACACCAAGGAUGCCAUGCCCAUCAACAAGGCCACCAUCAUGCCCAGAGGACCUACGCUGGGUCAUGUGUCCAUGCUCCCAGAUGAUGACCGCUGGAGCGAGACUCGUGCUCAGCUGCUGGCCCAGAUGGACGUCAGCAUGGGAGGCCGUGUGGCAGAGGAGAUCAUAUUUGGCAAUGAGUUCAUCACCACUGGUGCAUCAAGUGACUUUGAUGCUGCCACCAGAAUUGCAAAAAUGAUGGUGACCAGAUUUGGUAUGUGUGAGAGGCUGGGUGUCAUGACCUACACUGACCAAACCAAGCAGAGCCCAGAGACACAGGCUGCCAUCGAACACGAAGUCAGGAAACUUUUAAAGGAUUCGUACGAGCGGGCCAGGGCUCUCCUCAAGUCUCAUGCCAAAGAACACCAGAACCUAGCCAACGCCCUGUUGCAAUACGAGACGCUGGAUGCCAGAGAGAUCAAGAUGGUCCUGGAGGGCAAGGGCCUGGAGACAAGAUGAGACUUCCAAGGGUGGAGCUGUCACUCUGUUUAAUUUGGGAGAUCGGGUGAGGGGUGGGAAGACAAUAAAUCGCUGUCCACAGUGAUUUCAGUCUACGCAAACAGAGCUACGGAGCUGUACGUGUGUAUGUACAGUGGCUUCAGGAAGUAUGCACAGCCUGAAUUUAAAACGGAUUAAAUAAAGUUUUUGUGUCACUGGCCUACACACAAUACCCCAUAAUAUAUAAAAGUGGAAUUAGGUUUUUAGAAAUGUUUACAAAUGUUAUGAAAAGCUGAAAUGUCUUGACUCAAUAAGUAAUCAUUCCAAAAUAUUCCAAAACAUGCAUCCUUUUGGCAAACAAAGCACUCAAGUAAUACUGAAAAAAAUGUGGCCAAGAAAUUCACUUUAUUUCAUGAAUACAAAGCAUCAUGUUUGUGGCAAAUCCAACACAGCACAUCACAGAGUACCACUCUUCACAUUUUCAAGCAUGGUGGUGGCUAUAUCAUGUUAUGGGUAUGCUUGACAUCGGCAAGGACUAGAGUUUCUUUUUAUCAAAAAAAAAAAAAAAAAAAACUGAAGUGAGCUAAGCACAGGCAAAAUCUUAGAGGAAACCCCGGUUCAGUCUGCUUUCCAACAGACACUGGAGACAAAUUCACAUUUCAGCAGGACAAUAACCUCAAACACAAGGCCAAAUAUUUGCUGGAGUUGCUUACCAAGACGACAUUGAAUGUUCCUGAGUGGCCUAGUUACAGUUUUAGCUUAAAUCUGCUUGAAAAGCUAUGGCAAGAAAAUGGCUGUCUAGCAAUGAUCAACAACCAACUUGAAAGAACUUUAAUAAUUUAAAAAAAGAUUAAUGUGCAAAUAUUGUACAAUCCAGGUGUGCAAAGCUGUUCGAGAUUUACCCAGAAAGACUCGGCUGUAAUCGCUGCCAAAGGUGAUUCUAAUAUAUAUAUAUAACAUAUAUUGAUGUGAAUACUUAUACAUAUUAGAUUUUUUAACAUGUUUUAACUUUGUCAUUAUGGGGCUAUUGUUUUGAAGAUAGGUGAGGAAAAAAUUAUAUUUAAUCCAUUUUGAAUUACGACUGUAACACAACAAGAUGUGGAAUAAGUCAAAGGGUGUGAUGAAUACUUCCUGAAGGCACUGUGUAUAUGUAAAUAUGUGUUAAAUGUUUUAUGCUCAGUAAAAGUCCACGUCCAUUGAUUCAAUGUCUUGCUCUAGACCUCCAGAAUCACAAUGAAACCAUCUAUCCUGCAUAAAAAUACAUUUGUUUCUACCUGAGACUUAAGUCAUAUGGAAUCGGAUUCUCCCUAAGUAGUCUACCAAUAUUCCCAGGUUUGUCUGAGCCGUGUGUGUAACAGUUGCUGUUUCAAAGGUGGCCUUUUGGGAAUGUACAUGGAUUAGGGACUGUUUUGGACUUAAUCCAAAAUUCUAAUGUCUCUUAGUCUGAAAAUGUACUUGAUGUAUUUAUGUGAUAAAAUAUGUAAAUGCCGUGUGUGUGUAUAUAGUUGGAAGGGAAAGCUGCUGUUCUUUGAAAAAAUGCUUUGUUACUUCAAACCCAACUUUGGUGUAUUAAGCAGUGACGGGCCAUUAAAUCCUCGUCGUUUUUGGUUUCAAUUCAGCCAACAUUCGUUCAUCCAUUUAAUUACGAAAUAGCUCAAGUUCUGGUUUUUAGGUCUAAACAAUUGUUAAAGUAACAAUGAAACCUAGAAGACCCUACAACCCCUCAUCCCUUAUACCCCUCACCCCACUUCUGCUGUGUAUUCACAUCUGAACACCAGCUGUCUCUAGCGUUACCUCAGUAGUUCUGUGAAUCUCUUUACAUGUCCUCACGUUGUAUGUUUUUAAACACAGAAGCACAGAACCUUGUGGUGUAAGCAAGGACCGUCAUAGUAAUUUGCUGGUGUGUAAGCCUUUAAGGGAAACGGUCAAAUGCAUUUGUAGACAAUACUCAAUAACUUCAACAAUCUAGUAUCUCCGUCUUUGGUUAGCAUGAACGCUUUAGCCAAGAACGUUGAAAUCUUUUGAAACAUCUUCUAAUGUCGAGUUGGAAAUGUUAAGAUUGCGAUACAAUGGAGGUUUAAAGACCAUACCUUUUUAGCAUUUAAGAAUAAACUUUUCUUUAGAGGAAAAUAUUAUUAUGAUGAUACACUGUGCAAUUGGGUAUAUAACCAGCGUAACUUAUUUGUAUGCUUUGUACAUUUUAGUGUUUUACUCACAUUUUGAGCUCCUGUUUUGGCCCCUUUUACCCACCUUUUAGUUGUGUAUAUGAAUGGGGUUUAACGGAAACACUGUAUUUAGAUAAGGCUUUUGGGCUGCGUAUGCAUUGACUGGCUUUACAAUUGGCUGACACGCGUUUUAUUCUCUCAAUGAUAUGACGACAGACGUUGGGAGGAAAUGUAUGUGCAGCUGAAGUAAAUAAAUGAAACCCUGUUAUUAUAAUCUUAA